GGCAAUGAUAAUGGUAAUGGCGUCGUCCACGGUCGACGCGGGUCCUGUGAACCCACGACGAAAAGCUCUCUUUGCGGCAGUGUGCUCGAUCUGCGUUGAAACCGGCUUUUCGAGCGCAGAGCGAGCAGCAGUUGAGUCUCUCGUGGAGAUGCUUCAAAGCUGUCUCAUCGAGAUUGCUCGAAGCAGCAGGGCUUUCUGCGAGCUCUCUGGAAGGACCGAGGUCUUGUCUGGAGAUGUGUUCGUGGCUCUCAUCGAAAUGGGCAUCAACGUGGAGUCGUUGUGGGGCUUUGUCAAGCGUCCCAACCGCAUCACACUGCCGACACCGGGCUUACAGGCACGAUCGUCGACACCAAAGAUCCUGCAGGCCGGAGACAAGAAGCCCCUGCCGCCGCACAUCCCCGAACACAUGGUGCCGUUUCCCGAUCCACAUGCCUACAUCCGGACACCAACUCACAAGCAGCCCGUGACAGAAUACGAAGCUAUCCGGGAGAAGCUGGCCAGCCAGAAGCGAGACGUGGAGCGCGCCCUGACCCGUUUUGUGGCCAAGACGGGCCCCACUCAGAGCCUCUUUGCCGACCAGUCAGCUCCAUUCCCUCUUAUAGCCUGCAAGCCUAUGGCCCAGCCGUACCUAGCUGCACUGCUUCCUAAGGACCAGGUGUUCGAGCAGCAGGAGGAGGAACAGUCCAAGAGCAGUCCCGAGCGGCCACCUGAACUGGUUGACAACCCUUACUUGCGCUCGGUCAAGAUGCCGCGGAAGCGCAAGCGGUGACAACUCGACGAGGCAGCAACAGCACGUGUAUGCUCAACUGAAAUCCUUCAAGAAGAGCAAGCUGGUUGCGAGGGAACUCUGCACAGAGCUGAGCAGGCUUACAAGAUUUGUCGACAGCCACAUGUUCACGUUGAAGAAACGGACAGCUUGUCAGUGUUGCCAGACAGUCAAUCGGAACCUUUACACAGCAUUGUUUUCGAUUUUACUGGUUAGUUGGAAGAUCUCGUGCUUUGCAGUGGAGUGUUGGUGACGUGUUUUGCUGUCUUGCGUAGCUGGUCGUCGCGCAUGGACGUCAGGCAAGAAGGACUGUGUGAAAUAGAAGUACAACAGUGAUAACUUUCCUGCGCAGUGUUAAUGCGGGACACGAAAUAAAUAUCCUGUGGCACGAUUCUUGGAGGACUUGAAACAGCAUGGCACCAAGAACAGACUAGCGCCAUUCCUCCUGUGCGUUUGUCGGUAUACGGUCAAUAAGUAAAACGCCGACAUCAUCAUGGUGGCAGUAAAGGUUGUGUGCGUUUUCAGAUGGGCAGUUUUAGCAGCGUUCUGAGUCACACACCAUUCUCAGAGAGAGACUGCAAGCUUUCAUUCUACCAUAUAACUAGUUCAGAGGUGACAUGAAACAAGUGACUGAUGUCCCAUUAUUGAACAGACUUUUAGUGUUUCAUUGCAAGAGACUUGUGUCAUGAAAACAUGUUGCACCCUUUCAGGUGUGAUUUUACUCCCUACCUGCAGUUACAGUAGGUGUCGUCCAAUACCCGACAUCUGAUGUGUUCCUGGCUCCCACAAUCGCUUUCCCCUAUAUGCACUCAGCAGCAUAAUGACCUCUACCAUCUGUACCCCACCUCCCCCCCCUUUUUAUUCUUAACUUGUGGGCAUUGUUGCAGAGGCAUGAAUUUGUCAAUACCAUCUAUACCCACUUGUGCUCCUCCUGUUUUCUUAGUACAGCGUGCCUAAUACAGGAUAACUACGUGCAUUCAUAGCAUUGCUGUCAGAUAGGUACUAUAACAUAUGCCUUAAAGAAAACACCCCCUUCCCUAAUGUUUAGGGCAAUGCCUUCCCUUCUGGAUUGGUAAGUGACUAGGAUGACCAUUAAAAUGUAUGUUUGUGUGAAUGGCAUUUGUGCAUCAUUCUUACAUUUUGGUGCAGAAAAGUGAACUAAUAAUUUUGGGGGGUUUUACGUCCCAGAACCACAAUAUAAUUAUGAGGGACGCUGUAGUGGAGGGCUCCGGAAAUUUCGAUGGCUGGGGUUCUUUAGCGUCCUCAUAAAUCUAAGUACACGGGCCUCAAGCAUGUUGCCUCCAUUGAAAUGCGGCCACUGCAGCCAGGAUUCAAUCCCGCGACCUGCGGGUCAGCAGAUGAGCACCAUAAACACUAGACCAUUGUGGCGGGUAAGUGAUCAACUUUUGUGGUGUUGAAUUGCACUAGAAGUGCAGCUAAAAUAAUUGAAUAUAAAUACAUUACACCUUCACUGAUUAAUUUGUUUUUUUAUUCAUUUUGUGCUCCUGCAACCACCAUUACCAGGAUUUUAGCAGGGCGGAAUACAAUGCAUAGAAAAUGUAGUGGCUGAUGGUGUUUCAUGUCUCAAAAUGUCACAGCAGCUAUGAGAAAUUGUAGUGUAGAGCUGAAUUGUAACUUCUGCUCCCCCUUUUUUUUAUGUUGGCUAGAGGAACUGCAUGUUGAAGCCAAUAUGGGAGACAUUUCAGUAAG